AUUUAAUUUUUUUCAAUGAAGGUAAAUCUUUUUCCUUUAGAUUUGACUGGUAGUGCAGAUGGGAGUGUCAGACUGUAUGAGUGGGGUCAUAUGCAGCCACUGGCAAUGCUACGGCAACCAGGGGCCUUCCCCAAAGUCACAAAGGUCUUGUUUAGUUCCCAGGGAAAUAAGUGCUGUGUGAGUGACACUGAGGGAGAUGUCUGUCUAUGGCAAGUGGGUCUAGGCAGCAACUUCACCAAACCAAUCCUGAGUUUACGUUGCCACAAUAAGACGACCAGUGACUUUAGCUUUAUUGGUUCCUCCAGUCUCAUUGCUACAGCAGGCCACUCAUCAGAGAGCAGAAAUGUCUGUUUAUGGGAUACGCUGCUGCCCCCUAGGAGUGCUUGUGUACAUUCAUUCAUCUGUCAUGAACAUGGCUGUCCAGCUAUUGUAUAUGCACCACAUCACCAGCUUUUAAUAUCUGGAGGACGAAAAGGAGAAGUUUGUAUUUUUGACAUCCGUCAGCGACAGCUGAGACACACCUUUCAAGCACAUGAUGUACCAAUCAGAUGUCUAGCCAUGGACCCUGAGGAGGAGUACUUUGUCACCGGGUCUGCUGAGGGAGAUAUUAAGGUCUGGGGUUUGGAUGUUCAUCAGCUGGUUGUCAAUUUCCCGGGAGAACACAGUAAAAGUACAUUUUUUAAGAACAUUGGUUCCACCUCAGGUGUAACACAGGUAGCCAUUGGUCCAGAACAUAAUCUGUUUUCUUGUGGAGUUGAUGGAUCCAUGAAGUUCCGAUCACUACCCGAGAGAGAAACAAUGGUGCGGUAUUGGACAGCAUAAUUAUUUAUUUUAGUGUAGGGCAGAUGUGGCACGCUUAUUGAAAUAGCUUACUGUGAAUGAUCACAUUCUGUAUUUCAUGUUAAAGUGGAUUCUGAGAUACAAUUGUGCUAUCUUCCAACCACUCUAUAUGAUUGAGAUAAUCUAAUUGUGUUCAACAGAAAGCUUGUAUUAGCUGUUUUGAAGGACUUUUAUUUAUUUUUUUGGAAUUCUUUAUUUUGUGCCAUUGAUUUGAAUUUUAGUUAUUAUUUUGUUAAAAGUCCCUUAACCCAUUCUGUGAUUGGUAAAUGUAAGUUAAUAUGGAUCAGAGUUUGAAAUGUAUUUCAGUAGUAUAUGUAUGUGUAACAUUAUACAUGUAUGAAUAUUGUUUGUCCAUAAGGUUAUUUUUAAAAUCCCACCACGGAUGACCUCUGACCCUCAAGAGAGUGGCCACCAUUUUGUCAAUAUGUACAAAUACAACAAAAAUAUUAAACACUGCUGUUUACAGAUGGGAACUUAAUUUAAAUGAUUCCUUUCUUAUGUAAAUGUGAUAUUUAUGUGGCAUUGAUGUCUACCUUGUUCAAGUACCAGGUAUGUCAUACUUACGUGUGUGUGUACUAGGAGAGUGCAGAUGUACUGUUGUUCAUUCUAGUCUUGUCUAUUUAUAAAAAAUAAACAUAUAAAUCAUGCAAAUGAUUAUAAAUGAUAAUCUACAUGUACCUUGUAAACAGAAAUAUUUAAUAUUGUCAGAUUUUCUGAUGUAAUGUUUCUGUCUGAUUCAGUGCUAUCAUAUUCAAUAACAUUCCUUUAUUGUUGAAUUUAUACUUGAAAUAACCUCUACUUAUUUUAUUUUAGUCGGAAUUGUUAUUUACUUGUAACAAUUAUUUAAUGAUUAUGGGGUAUACAUGUAAGUUCAGUACAGUCUAUUGGUUUGUUAACUCAUUAAUAUACUGGGUACUAUACAUAUAUAUUGUACAACCACUAACAAAAUGGAGAAAAGCUUAAGAGCAUUCAGUACCUUCUGGGUAUGGGAUUAUGAAAUCUAUUUAUUUUCAAUACAAUAUUUGUAGAUUAUUCUAGCUCAUUCUAUUAGUAAGAUCUAGGAGGAAGCAAGCACUAUUCCAGGUAUACCUUAUUUGUUGUUGAGUAUUUCUUCUAUAGGCAAAAACUUAAAGUGUAACGGUAUCCUACAUUCUGUACAACAUACUGAAUUUCAAAGUAGAAAUAUUUUAGUCAAGUAUGAAUGUUUUUUUUAAUAUUUUGUCACUGUGGAAGCUCUUGAUUGAUAAAAUUAGAAAAUUCGUGAAGAUCUUUAAAUAUUUGUUAAUAUAUCAAACAGAGUUGAGAUAGUUUUAUUAGCAAUACAAUCUAUUAACUGGUAUGAGUAAUAGCUAUGUGUAGUACUUUUGUGUCAUUUGUCUGUUGGUAUUGUGUGCUAUUUGUUAUCCUUUGUCUUUUAUUUUGUUGAUAAUAAGCUGUUGGUCUGUGAUCAUAUGUAGAUAACUAUAUAUAAAUUGUUUUCUUGGAAAUUGCAUUAAAACAUCAGAAACUUA